AUGAUCACUAAACAACAGAGGGCUGCUGCCGCUCAUGCAAGAGCUGCAAGAUGGCCCUGCGCUGCUCGAAAAACCAGUGACUCCAACACUGUGCCUGCCACAUCCAACCCUGCAGUGAUUGAGAUCGAUUAUGACUCCUCCAGCAAACAGGACUGUGGAUAUACUGGAGGUGUGAACUUUCAGUUCUCCGACACUGAAUAUGAUUCUGCGACAGAGUCAGAGUGGUCCGAUGGGUCAGAAAGUGACAGGGAUAGCAUGAUUGCAAUGAAGAAAUCAGCUGUUGAAUGGAAGAAAGCAGAGAAAAACCAUGCAUUGGGUUACACAGGUAACUCACAGCGGACACAACAACGGAGAGCAAAGGAGACACAAAAUCAAGCAGCAAUUCAUGAGGAGGCCAAAAGCUCUAAGGAUCCUCAAAUAUCCAUGAUGCACAACUUUUUCAAGGCCACUUCUUGCGAGUCGGAGGGUCCAGAUGUCAUGAGACGAACAAAUUCAACAGGUCCUGGACCUCCUGCAAACACCAUUACAAUGGAACCCACCACCGAAAAUCAGAAUCUUGCUGAUCUGGUCAAUUAUCCUUCUGAUCUUUCGAAUGAUGAAGAUAGCACGACAGAUGAUAGUGAAGGCAACGAUACACAUACAGAAAAAUCUGCGAGUCCAGGUUGCCGCCAGCCAGCAGUUCCACUUUGCAAGCAGCAGAAGCUUGAUAUCCCAUAUUGUUUAUAUUUUGAUGGUCAUGACAGACCAGAUGUUGUCUUGUACCGCCAGGACCACUUUCUGCCAAUGAUGAAGAAACACGAACCAAGAUUUAUUCGUUACAUUGGAGAUGUGGAAAAAGAAUUGGAGGUGCAACCUGCAAAUUAUGUUGAGCAGCGACUCAUUCUUGUUGAACAUGACGAAAUGACAGCACAAGCAAAUGAUUUGAGUAGCAAGAGCUGGGAAGCAAGUCAGACUCUCGAAUAUGGGAAAAAUUACGAAGGGUAUUGGACAGGAGAGCACUUCGUGAAGCAGUUGACCAAAAAAAUAAUUCUGGCCUUCGAAAGGGUGCAUGGUGCAGGCCAUCAAGCAUUAUUCCUGAUCGAUAACUCACAAGGCCACUCAGCAUAUUCAGAAGAUGCACUGCUCACCUCACACAUGAAUGUAAAACCAGGUGGCAAACAGGCCUGUAUGCGCAGCGGAUGGUACUAG